CUCUUCUUACGCCGGGGCUGUCGGUCAAGAGGCGCACGAGCAACUGCAGGUGCAAAGCUGGGCAUUGGGCUAGGCGCUGCUGCGAAGCUGAGGACAAAACACACAUUUCAUGAUGGCGUCUGCAAAUGCCACAUACGGCCAGAAGGAGUCCUCGGACCAGAACUUUGAUUAUAUGUUUAAAAUCCUCAUCAUUGGUAACAGCAGCGUAGGAAAGACUUCCUUCCUUUUCCGCUAUGCAGACGACUCAUUCACGCCAGCCUUUGUCAGCACAGUGGGCAUCGACUUCAAGGUCAAGACCAUCUACAGGAACGACAAGAGGAUAAAGCUGCAGAUCUGGGACACUGCUGGCCAGGAGCGCUACAGGACAAUCACCACAGCUUACUACAGGGGAGCCAUGGGCUUCAUCCUUAUGUAUGACAUCACCAACGAGGACUCCUUCAACGCCGUUCAAGACUGGUCUACCCAGAUCAAGACAUACUCAUGGGACAACGCCCAGGUCCUCUUGGUGGGGAACAAGUGUGAUAUGGAGGAUGAACGAGUGGUGGCUGCAGAGAGGGGCCGGCAGCUGUCAGAACAGCUGGGUUUUGAAUACUUUGAAGCGAGUGCUAAAGAUAACAUUAACGUGAAGCAGACCUUCGAGCGGCUGGUGGACAUCAUCUGCGAGAGGAUGACGGAGAGUCUGGACAACAAUGACCCGACCGUCACUGGAGCUAAACAGGGGCCACAGCUCAACGAGCAGCCUCAGAGGUCCCAUCAGGAUUGUGCAUGCUAAACAUGACCCACCCCCCCCCCACCCCCCACCACACGCACACACGCACACACGCACACGCACACACGCACACAUGCACACAUGCACACACUGUCAUAAAAUCCACACAUGCUGUAUUUUCAGUUAGUCUCUCUCUUUCUUUUUCUACGCACAUACACGAGUAUUACACACAAACACUGUCAUACAGAGGCACACAACCUGGCUGCUUAGAUUCUCAAACCCUCUAUCUACAUAAAGAGCUCCGCCCACGUGACCGGUUCUCCCCAAAGAUUUGGCAUUUUCUGAAAAAGCAUCUUAAAGUGUUUGUUCAUUUCAGUAAUACAGAGAUUAUGUGAUAGUGCUAAAUUAGAGGGGUGAAGGGGUACAAUCCCAAGUUGUCUUUCUUUCUCACUUGCACACAAACACACACUACUUUUCUCUUCUAUGUACAGAUUUAUAAAAGGCCAGUCAAGGCUAAGACUCCAAUGGGUUUUACUCUAAAAGGCCUUGUAGGUUGCCUGAUUCUGGUCUGGCAUCAGGACAUGAGACAGCGAUUUCUCAGUUAAAAAGCUAUCGAUCCAAUGAGUGUCGCUGGGGGAAUAAUGAUUAGCCAAUCAGUACAUAACAGGGUAAUAGUAAUAACAAGAAUGGUGACUGCCAUAGAGAAGAUAGAGGCUGUUCUAAUUUGAUUGAUUGAAGCUUGAAAUGGAGCGUAACAAGUUGACAGCUCAGUCUGAUCAGGCAGCUGUGAAGGAGGAAUGUUGGAGGAAUCCAACUCACACUCAGCAUUAACAACUCAAAGCUAAGUGGAUGCAAAUGAUUUAAAAUUGUUUAACUUUUAGUCCCGUUGAAAAUAUGUUUGUUGCUGUGGAUAGAGUUGCUGGGGGGGGUGGUUGUUGUUUUUUUUUUAUGUCUUUGACUUGGUUGGGUGUGGUUUUGAGCAUGUGAAAUCACCGGUCCUUCCCAGUGUUGUGAUUGAGUUUCUACAGAUAAUUACGGUCCUUAAGUUUAGUUUGACGUCCAUUUAAAAGUUGUUUUUCUUUUAAUUUUAGGAAUGAACAUAACAAUAGCAAAGGUCAUGCACAUCAGUUUGCUAGUCAGUUCUCAUAAUAAUUUGUUUAUAUGUCAGGAGCUGCAUCACCUCUGGAGGUUGCUUGAUUUUAAAUUCUUAGUGUUGUUUUUGUUUUUUACUGUUUUGUAUUUUUAAGACAUAUGACAGAAUAAAAGAAUAUGGGAUAUCAUUCACCUCAUGGGGAAGAGUGUAUAAAUGUUUAAAAGUUAAAUAUAUGCAUUUUAUAAAAAAAAAAAAAUAUAUAUAUAUAUUUAUUUUGGAUUCCAACCUGGGCUUAAGUGAGAAGUGCAUGUGGUUGAUGGUUUUUAACCGAUUCUGGUUGCUGGAUGGUUUUUUAUUUUUAUGAGCUGAAUUUAAACCCCGUCUGUCCUACAGUUUCAGUACUUGGAGGUAGCAAAUGCAGCUCAAGGUUUCACUUGUGAAGCCCAUGGCCCCUUCUCAUUGUAUUAACUUUCUUUCACUGUGUACUGCGUACAACGUGCAACAUGCACUCACUAGAAAGGCAUGUGAUUCAGUGUGAGCACUGGUAUACCAGAGACCUGCCAUCUUUAUCAACUACCAGAUAAGUCUCUUAUGUCGCCUAUGUAGAUUAUAUUUUCAUCUUUACUUUUGGGAGGAACUGGAUGUUUUUAAGCAUGUGAAUACUGAGUUUUAUUUCUCUCUCUCUGAUGCUAAGGUUAGGGAGGUUGUCUGCUCAUGUACAGUACAAAACCUUCUGUAUGUCAUGCAUUCACAGAUAAGCUGAGGCAUGCUAAAAUAUUUUCAAAAUGUAACUUAUUUAUUUUGUAUUACUUAUAACUUUAUUUAUUUUUGAGAUCAUGUUCUUCCUGUAGAUUAUGCAUCACAAUCUGCACUCUACAUUUUGAGAUGUUCAGUAGUAUCCAAUGGCUUAAACUGUCCCAGCUUUUAAAUGAAAAUAUAUUUGUGUUUACAGUGAAUAUAAAGCUUAAGAUGCUUCCUCAAGAGGAAAGUUAAACAUUCCAGUGUGAGAGUCUCUUAUCAUGUCAACUGUGGGAAGUUUGUUUGUCUUUUGAUAUCAGUUAUGUAACAUUUAAGACUUGGUAGUCUAAAAGCAGACUGUUCUCACAGCGCAAUAGCAAUUAUUUAUCUCCAUAUCCAAAUAUCAGCAACAUACAACCCUGGUGAAGGUUUGUAGCUCCAUACUGUACAAGUAUAGUAUAGCACCCUAAUAUAGUAUGUAUAGUUUGUAUAAAGGGAAUCUUAAUUGUUCUUUCCAAAGAGAUCGCGAUCCUACAUUUAGAGCCAAAAAGAGCUCUUGUUUGUGUCUGCAUUUGUUAGACUUGCACUAACAAGCUAGUCUGAUAGUGUUUUCUUACUCUGUGCAGUAGCUUCAAAAAGGGAAAAUGUUUUGGAAGGAAACUGAAUACUCUGAACACUUCAUUAAAGUAGUAAUUGUUACUGCAUUUGUUCACUUUUGACAUGCUUGUUGAUUUUUGUUACUUUUAUUUAUUGUGUUUUGCUACAGCUGUAAACUUACAGGUGACUUAGGAACACGUAUCAAUCCUGUUCAACUCUCAUCCUCUUCCUCCUUCCCUGUCAUAAAUGACCCUUGUAAAUAGGAGUUUUCUGCCCGUCGGGUAUUAGUUGUGUGAAUUGUGCUGUAAUUCUGUAAUGCCAGAUUUGCUAUAAUGAGGAAUAAAUAAACAAAUUCUAAAAGCUGGA